CAAAUCAUAUCGUUCAAUACAUAUAGACUCACCAAAUCAUAUUACCCUUUUAUAUAGACUCACCAAAUCAUAUUACCCUUUUUUAUUGACAACUUUUGCUUCAUUUUUAUAUGAUUAAAAAUACUAGCCUAAAAACUCAAAGGGUUUAAACUUUAAAGGCGGAAAGAAAAGUGCUCUCUAUUUUUUUAGUUAGCAGGAAUGGGCGUCUUUACUCUUUAUAGAUGCAAAAUUGACCGAUGAGUGAUGUGUUAUCUCGCAAUGGAUUGUUGGUGCAGAAUCAAACUCCGCAAUCUGCCGUCUUCGCCUUAUCUCCACUCAGGUACGAAGUACGAACUCCCAUACUUUCAAAGUGUCGUAACCACCAAAUUAUUUGCGGGAUUUCAAGCUAACGGAAGGGUUUAUGCAAGUAAAAGCUCACCUAAAAGGUUAAGGAAAGCAAAAGAACAGCAAAAAAUUGUGAACCCACAGCUAACCGAAGGUCUACCAGAUGAACCCGGUGGAGCUCCAGAUAAACAACAACCUUCUCCAAUUAAUCCUACUACUAAUUUGGAGUCAUCCGCUUCAAUUGCUAUUGCUUCUAGAAGUUCAGUUCUACAGGCAUGCACCUUCACUUCUACUUUAAUAGCCUUUGGGGGCGUAAUAAUUCGACAGGGUUCUCAUUUGGCAUCGUCACAAGGAUGGCCUAUAGCUGAUUGCUCUUCCGAAAUAUCAUUUAAUUUUGAGACGUGGCAUCUGCAAGGGGUUGUGGGUUUAGUCAUACUCAUAUCCUCUUCUCGGUUCUUACUACUGAGGACAUGGUCUGAUUUUGCCGAGUCUAGUGAGGCAUCCAAUCAACAGGUUUUGACAUCUUUACAGCCACUAGAUUAUGCAUAUGUGGCAUUUCUUCCCGGCAUUAGCGAGGAACUUUUUUUUCGAGGUGCAUUGCUUCCGCUUUUAGGAACCAACUUCACAAGUGCCACAGCAGUUGCUGCUUUAUUUGGGAUUUUGCAUUUGGGAAAUGGUCGAAAAUUUUCCUUUGCAAUUUGGGCCACAUUUGUUGGGCUUGCUUAUGGUUAUGCCACGAUCUUAUCCUCUAGCCUUAUCGUGCCGAUGGCUUCUCAUGCAAUUAAUAACUUGAUAGGAGGUGUUAUAUGGCGCGUUUCACAACCGAAUAAUCAAAACAAAGAGAUUUAGUAAGUAUUCUAAGAUGACGCACCACACAAAAUACAUUACUCGAUUAGCGUUAGGUAAUGCAUAGGAUUGGUUUGUAAAAUCACACAUUUUGAGGGUGGUACAAACUUUUAAUGCACAAAGUACAAGUAAUUAUCAUAUCUUUAUGGGACCAAUUACCAAUUACUUAUGGGACAUUUGGUUAGUAUGGUGCCACGUUUUCUAUUGAUCAAUGUACAAAUUAUUAAUGCACAAAGUACAAGUUAUUAUCAUAUCAUUUUAUGGGACCAUUUACUUUUGGUUUGUAUGGUGACACGAUUUCUAUUAAGCAAGAAGUUUUAAUGAACGAGGUACAAGUUAUUAUAUGAUUAAUCACAUUUUGGGACCAUUAUUUACUCUUUGGAACAUAUGGCCUAGAUAGCUUAAACUUAUUUAAUGAAACUUGAACAUGAAAACAAAGGAAAAAACAUUCCAUUUAUGAGGAAAUGUGUAAAUGGUUGAGAUUUUAGUUUUGCAAUAAUAAUUUAAGAUUGAUGUGAAGUCGAACCUUGGUUUGAUGCAUAAUAAAUUUAUUUUAAAUUAUGUAGGAUUGGAUGUUAUUUGUGAAUAUGGUUUUUGAUUUAUAUUUUGGAUCUUUUUACAACAACCAAACUCAUGGAGAUAGGUAGAUUAGAUAAAGAACUUUUG